ACACAACAACACACAAAGAUGGAUUUAUAAAUUUUCUUUUGAACAUUCUUCUUUAAUUUAUCAAUUAAUAGCUUUCGCUUUGAAAUUUCCGUGUGUUUUUGUUUAGUAUUUUGUAUUUGAGAGUGUGUAUCUGCGCUUACUUGUAUAACGGUACAGCUUCUACGCAAGCGCCACAAAAAUUGCAACGAAAAAAAACGCAAAAAUACUUUCACCGUUAUCAUAAGCUUUUCUAGUUUUGGUAUGUCUAAAUUGAAAUUCUCAAGACCGAUUGAACAGGCUAACGAUGAACCAGUCGUGAAGUUGCCGCGACGUCAACUGAGAUCUCGCAAUCGUGACAGGAAUUCAAAUCCACCACUCAACUUGUGUGAUCUACCAAUCGAAUUACUUGAGAAGAUCAUUGGUUAUAUAAAUAUUUGGCAUCAUAAUCGUAUACGCGGCACUUCCAAACGUAUGCGAGACGUCAGUGAUGCAUUCAUUAUGCACGAAUUCAAGAAGGCUUAUCACAAGUCGUUAUUGAAGAAUCCGAACAGCUACAAUUGCGCAGCAUUGCAGACGAUCGAUCAGGCGACGGAGGUGUAUGUAAAGUCGGGCUAUGAAUCCACAUUCUGCGGCUGCAUAUUGCCCAUGCUGCGCAGCUCAUACAAAGAUCCUUUCUGUCCAAAAGUUUUACAAAUCAAAACGUUUCUGCUACAUUUCUACGAUAUGGUCGAUAAGUUGAUUGGUGAUCGACGAUCGCAGCACUCAAGAUUACUAUUCAAUUUAACGCUAAUGAGGUUCUUUAAGAAAUUCGAUAAAUCCACAAUCAUCUCCAUCAAUGCUAUGCCACUACAUUCGCGCAUCGUUGUUGAGCUGAAAGGACCGUGGCUUGGCAUGCUGUGGACAUCCAAAUCACGUUGUCGCGAUCAACCAGAGAAACGUUGUAAUUUGUUAAUAAUACUAGCGGAAAUGUUAAUGGCCAGCAUAACGGAAAAGUCGUUUAAACGUGUUUGGGAAUAUCUCAGUGAGAUCUAUGUAUUUGGCAAUGAUACAAGCAAAUGUAAGCGUGUGCGCAAAACACUCUUCACUUUCACCGUGAAUGGUUCCAAGAAAAUCUGUUCUCUAUUCCGUUCGUGUCUCGAAGAUCCAAAUGAUUUUGUAUGGCCAAUAAAAUGGCCACGUGAUCAAUUCACUGUCACUUUGGAUAUUACAUGUAAGGAAGCGAUGAAAUGGGGCUGCUCCAAAUCACUGCAUAUGGAGUUUGGACCCUUCGCUGAGCCAUUAUCCAGUGGUGAGGAAGAGUAUAUGAAUGAUUGUAGUUCGGGUAAAACACUUUUGGAUGUGGAUACAGUGACGGAAUAGGUGUAAGCGUAAUAAUGUCGCGCACUGUAGCACUAAUGAAACGGUUAUUUGAUAUGUAUUCUUCAAUUUACUAAAUAAAUACAAGUAGAAAAUUUUUAUAUUUUAUAAAUUUUUAUUAUUAUGCUUAAAAUUGUACAACAAUCUGAUUUGAUAAUAUGUAUGUAUGCAUACAUAAUAUAUAAUAUAUGUACGUAUUUAUACAUUUUGCUUCCAUAACUCUUGCAUUUUUACUUUGUUAAACCUACGCGUAUGGCAACUAUGCACAUAUGCCUGAUUUUUAAUCAAAAAUUUUAUAAUUUUGGUUAACAAACAAACUAUUUGAGGUAAAAAA